UUGCCCCUUCCGCAUCAUUUUCCACCCUGUCAACGAGGACCUGCUCAAGAAUCAGCCUCUCCUCGCCAUCAAGCUCCACUGGAUCUGGUUGCAGGACAUGCUGUGGAACAACAUUGCCGAGACGAGAGGAUGGAAGGGAGACAUCGCUCUGCUCGAGGAAGAUCACGUGGUCUCGUCCGACUACCUGGACUUGCUCAGCCACCUGGUCUACCUCAAGCAGCAUCACUGCCCAAGGUGCUGGGGGGUGACUCUGCGCUGGGCUUGCAUGCACUCCGAUGAUGAGGACGGGACGAAAGUCUGCCGCAGUCACUCGGUGAUCAACACCGGCAUCGCCUUCAACCGAUCCACAUACCUUGCAAUCAAGAACAGCAACUUUGACUUGUUUGCUGAUGGUUGGGACUGGUCUUUAUUCCAUCUCGCACAGACCGGGCAGAUGCCUCCCAUGAUGAUUGGCCCGGCUCUCUCGCGGGUUCGCAACGUAGGAAGGGAGGGAGUCACCGUUACUGAGAAAGGGGACGAGUUCUUGCAGCGACAACUUGAGUAUGCAGUAGCCAAGAACUCCCAAGAUUCUCUUCCUCUUGAUCAUCUUUGGAUUGACAAGAAGGAUCGCAACCAGUUCACCCCUCCCAUGUGGGAGCCCCUCUACCUGGGAGCAGGCAUUGGGUUCCUUGCUCCUCAGGCGUGAAUUUGCCGCCACCUCACAAGACGCAGUGAAAGGAAAAGGUCUAUAUGACAUGUUAUGCUAGUCAAGUCAGGUUAUCAUAUUAUCAAGUUAAAUUCACUUAAC